CUGAUAGCAUCUCCAACACCAACAAUAAUGGCUGUUCAAGUUUUUAUGGAUUGGAAGGGAAACCCCAUCAACAAAGAGAGACAUGGUGGAGCAAAAGCUGCUUUUUUCAUCUGCUUUAUGGUGGUGAUGACAAACAUGUCUUAUGCACCAACCUUUCUAAACUUGGUGACUUAUCUUCGAGGUACCAUGCAUAUGGAUGUUGCCACUGCCUCCACCACUGUGACUAACUUCUUUGGUGCUACAUGCGCAUUUGCUUUGCUUGGUGGCUUCAUCUCAGACUCUUACAUCACUAGAUUCAAAACUUUACUUCUUUUUGCUCCUCUAGUUUUCCUUGGCUUUGUAUUGCUUACAUUUCAAGCAUAUUUCCCAUCACUUAGGCCACCAGCAUGUGACACUUCGGGGCAACAAAGCAACUGCAAACAAGUCCAUGGCUCCAAAGCUGCUGUUCUCUACAUAGCCUUAUACAUGAUAGCAUUAGGUGAAGGAUGUUUAAGAGCAAAUCUCCCACCAUUUGGUGCAGAUCAGUUUGAUGAUGAUGUUAUCAGCAAAUCUCGGCGAAAAUCGAGCUAUUUCAACUGGUUAAAUGUUUCCAUUUUUGGAGGAUCAGUGAUGGGUUUAAUCUUGAUAGUAUGGAUUGAAUCAAGCAAAGGAUGGGUUGAAGGUCUCUCUGUAACUUCAGCUGUUAUGUUAUUAGGAGUCAUAGUAUUUGCAUUUGGUUUUAAAUCCUACCGGCAUCAAAUCCCAAGAGGUAGCCCUCUUACUAGAAUGUUGCAGGUUUUGGUGGCUGCAAUUAAGAAAAGAAAUCUUCCCUUACCAGAAAAUGGAGCAGAAUUAUUAUAUCAAGGAUCUCCUGAUGAAGAGAUGAUAGGAGAGAUACUCCCACACACAAAGAGUCUCAGAUUCUUGGACAAAGCUUCAAUUCUACAAGGGCCGAAAGGGAAUUGGUCUCUUUGCAGUGUGACCCAAGUAGAGGAGACUAAAAUUGUCCUCCGAAUGCUCCCAAUAUUCCUAAGUGCAUUGUUUGCUUACAUUCCCAUACCACAACUUCUAACAUUUACCAUUCAACAAGGAAACACAAUGAACACUACACUAGGGAAGAUCAAUGUCUCCCCUGUUUCUCUUGUGACUAUCCCUAUAUUUUUACAAGCAAUCAUCUUGAUCUUCUAUGAUCGAUUAUUCGUGCCGCUUGCAAGUAAAUUCACAGGACAUAGAACUGGCAUCACCCACUUGCAACGGAUCGCCGUCGGCUACAUAGUAGUCUCAUUAGCUGGUGUUACUGCUGCUUUGAUAGAGAGGAAAAGGAAAAGCAUUGCAGAGGAACAUGGGCUAAUUAACUUAGGAACUCAAGUGCCCAUGUCUGUGUUAUGGCUUGGGCUUCAAUUUUUUGGUAUUGUUAUCAUAGAUGUGUUUACCUAUGUUGGAUUGCUAGAAUUCUUCAAUAAUGAAGCUUCAAGGGGGAUGAAAUCACUUGGAACUGCCAUCUUUUGGUGUAUCCUUGGGUUAGCUUCCUUGUUGGGCUCUACUCUUGUGGAACUAGUUAAUAAGUACACCAGACAUGGAAGUGGUAUAGGAGAACAAGGGUGGUUAGGAGGAAACAAUUUGAAUCAGAAUCAUCUUGAUCGAUUCUAUUGGUUGCUAGCAGUCCUUGGCCUUGUGGGCUUCUUGAAUUAUUUGUUUUGGGCUACCAAAUAUGUUCAUAGGAAAACUAGUGUUGAUUUGGAUGAUGAAAUUUGA